CUCUCUCUCUCUCUCUCGCUACAAAUAGUAGCGACCAUAUCUUCAUUACACGUCUUGAACUUUCUCCAUCAACGUAGAAGAAGGUUAUAUUUCUACCCUCUAAAGACUCUUUACCCUGGUGGCUUCACCAGAAAAACCAGAAACAUGGCUUCCAUUUAACAGGAAAACAGUGUCAUACGGAGCCCUAAUAUGCUUUAUCCGAUGCCUUCUUUGGUACCUCAGAGAUUCUAAUUUCAAUCCUAUAGCACCCACUUGCAAGGAAACACAGACACCAAUAUGGAGUUGUUGAAGAAUUAAUCUAUGAUUUCAUGGUUUUGACUCUUUACAAGAUCUUCAAGUUUGGAUACCAAAGCUGAUAUGGUGCAGAAGGAAAGCAGUUAUGAUUCUGAUCAAGCAAUCUCCAAUUCGCCAGAUCUUCGUGUUUUCUGCAACUUAGUUGAGAGAGCACGUAGUCUACAAUUUUUAAAGGAGAAGAAUCAAGGAUUAGAAAAUCCACUAAGGAACAACUUCAGUGCAUGGCAGCCUUCUUUUGAACCAGAAGACUUCAAUUUACCUCCAAAGAGAGGUUCCAAAACCAGAGCUGCUGCGAUUGAAUCAGGUGGCGGUGGCGGUGGCUGUGGUGGUGGUGGUGGUGAAGGAAAGGAAGAGAAGAGAAUGAAGAAUGAUUUGAAGAGGCCAAGACAUCUUUUUGAUUUGGCUCUACUUUGUGUUCCUGAGAAAGGGUUGAAGAAAGGAGAGACUAGUAAGGUUCUUCUAUAUGAUCUUAACAAAGAAGCUGAAUCAUCAGAGGCAGUUAUUGGGGGUUUUGGUUUGAAUCUUGAACUAGGAUUUAAGAAAAGUUAAGAGUGUGAUUUAAUGACAGUAAUUUCUUAGUGUUGUGAUCCUUGUAACAUUGAAUGUAAGGAACUGAAAAGUUGUAUGUAGAAUGUGGAUAGAUAACUUAAUUAUUUUAUUUUGCGAUGUUAUAUUCAAUAAUA